UGUAAUUUCCAGAAGAAAUCACACUUUGCCAGCACUUUGCAGAAUUCCCAAACACAGAUCAGCAAUCAAAUCAACUCAUAGCCUUUUCAUGUCUGACUACUGGUAUUGGAGGUUGGUCCCGUGCAAAGAAACUGGAAGCUGCAACUGUUUCGCGACGGGCAAUCAGUCUAAUGAGGAGAAAGAAGAAGAUACGAACCAUCAGGUUGUGGUGUCAGACAUCAUGCAGCUUGUGCGAGACAAGCAGGAGGUGCCAGAAAGCACAGCAGAUGAAAUCAUGCAUCAGGAUAUCAUUCCCCUCUAUGCCGCAGAUAUUCAGGACCAGUUAAAGAAACAAUUUGCUUACCUGUCAGGUGGAAGAGGGGGAGAUGGAUGCCCCGUUAUCACCUUUCCAGACUACCCAGCUUUCAACGAGAUCCCAGAGAAGGAGUUCCAGAAUGUCCUGACCUACCUCACCAGCAUCCCAAGUUUGAGAGAUGCUGGGAUUGGAUUUAUCCUUGUCAUAGACCGCAGACAGGACAAAUGGACCUCUGUGAAAGCUUCCAUACUGCGGAUAACAGCAUCUUUCCCAGGAAACUUGCAACUAGUCCUCGUUCUGCGCCCAACAGGAUUUUUUCAUCGAGCUCUCUCAGACAUUGCUUUCAAGUUCCACAAAGAUGAAUUUAAAAUGAAAGUACCUAUCAUAAUGCUGGGCUCAGUAUCAGAACUGCAGGGUUACAUUGAUAAAACACAAUUAACAGAAGAUCUUGGUGGCACCCUGGAUUACUGCCAUAACAGAUGGCUAUCCCGUCGCACUGCUAUAGAAGGUUUCGCCCAAAAGGUUAAGCAAACAGCUCAGAUUCUUCAGUCCUUUGGGACUGAGCUGGCUGAAACAGAACUACCAAACGAUGUGCAAUCAACCAGCUCCCUUCUUGCAACACACACAGAAAAGAAGGACAAAAUGAAGGAGGAUAUAAGGUUAGCAGUAGAACAGGGAGAUGAUGUCCUUGGAAGUAUUACAAAACCAGUUACUGAGAACCCUGAAUACAAACUGAAUCAAGACCAGCUAGACAAUCAAACAACAGUAGAAAGGCUUUUGGCUCAGUUACAUGAAACGGAGACUGCCUUUGAUGAGUUUUGGAUUAAGCACCAGCAAAAACUUGAGCAGUGUCUGUGCCUUCGGAAUUUUGAACAGAAUUUUAGAGAGGUUAAAGCAGCUUUGGAUAUUGUGUCCGAGAGACUAUCUGCUUUCACAGAUGUGGGAAACAGCUGUUCACAUGCAGAGCACAUUUUGAAAGAUCUUGUCAACUUUGAAGAAAAAUCAUGUGAAAUCAUAGCAAAAGCCAGAAUGCUAGCUUCAGAGGGCGACACUUUUAUUCAAAGCAAUCAUUAUGCUGUGGACUCCAUUAUUCCAAAAUGCAGUGAACUUCAUCAUCUCUGUGAUGCCUUCACUACUGAGAUGGAACGAAGGAGGAAUCUUCUAAACAAAUCUCUAGAACUGCAUAGCUUAUUAGAAAAGUCUAUGAAGUGGUGCGAUGAAGGAAUUUAUCUGCUGGCUUCACAGCCUGUAGAUAAGUGUCAGUCUCAGGAUGGUGCAGAAUCAGCGUUACAAGAGAUUGAGAAAUUCCUGGACACUGGUGCAGGCAAUAAAAUCAAGGAGUUGAAUAAAAUUUACAGAGAGUAUGCACAAAUCCUCAAUGAGGACCUAAAGGAGCAUGUGCAAAAGGUUUUCCAGAAGCAAGAAAGCAUGGAAGAAAUGUUUCAAAAGAGACAAGUAAGCCUUAAGAAACUGGCAGCUAAGCAGACACGUCCUGUUCAGCCAGUUGCACCAAGACCCGAAGCCUUUGUAAAAUCUCCUUGUACCUCUCCAGGUCUUCAAAGAGAUUAUGUAUCCAACUCAGAAAGCAGUGUGCUUCGGAAGGUAAACUACAGAAGAGGAAAGAGUGAAAUGACUGAACUCCAUCAAAGCAGAGGAGGAUCUACGAUGGAUGAUGAAGAAAACCUAGCUGUGCUACGGCAGCAUGUAAUUAAUGAACUUAUUGAAACUGAAAGAGCAUAUGUGGAAGAACUUCUCUGUGUUCUUGAGGGGUAUGCUGCAGAGAUGGACAACCCCUUAAUGGCUCACCUCAUUUCACCAGAACUCCAAAACAAGAAGGAUAUUUUGUUUGGGAAUAUGGAAGAAAUUUAUCACUUUCACAACAGAAUAUUCUUGAGAGAACUAGAAAAUUAUGUAGAAUACCCAGAACUGGUAGGACGUUGCUUUCUGGAUCAGAUGGAAGACUUCCAGAUUUAUGAAAAAUACUGUCAAAAUAAACCUCGAUCUGAAAGUUUGUGGAGGCAGUUUUCAGAUUCUGUAUUCUUCCAGGAAUGUCAAAGGAAACUUGAUCACAAGCUCAGUUUGGACUCAUACUUGCUGAAACCCGUUCAAAGAAUAACCAAAUACCAGUUACUGCUAAAGGAAAUGCUGAAAUACAGUAAGAAUUGUGAAGGUGCUGAAGAUCUCCAGGAGGCAUUAACUUCUAUACUGGGUAUUCUCAAAGCAGUUAAUGAUUCUAUGCACCAGAUAGCCAUUACAGGCUAUGAUGGAAACCUGAAUGAGCUGGGCAAGCUUUUAAUGCAGGGAUCCUUCAAUGUCUGGACUGAUCAUAAAAAGGGUCACUCAAAGGUGAAAGAUUUGGCACGCUUCAAGCCAAUGCAGCGACACCUGUUCCUCCAUGAGAAAGCAGUGCUCUUCUGUAAAAAGCGAGAAGAAAAUGGAGAGGGAUAUGAGAAGGCACCUUCUUAUAGCUACAAACACUCCUUAAAUAUGGCAGCAGUUGGAAUAACAGAAAAUGUCAAAGGCGAUGCAAAAAAAUUUGAAAUCUGGUAUAAUGCAAGGGAAGAAGUUUACAUCAUACAGGCACCAACUCCUGAAGUUAAAGCUACUUGGGUAAAUGAAAUAAGAAAAGUGCUGACGAGUCAACUGCAGGCAUGCAGAGAAGCUAGUCAGCACAGGACACUUGAACACACACAGAGUUUACCUCUACCAGCAUCAUCUUGUACAAGUCCUUCAAGGAACAACAUCAGAAACGCAAAAAAAAUGGAUGAGAGAAAAGCUGACCUCACAAGUCUAGAAGGUUAUGUCACCACAGUAGCACCAAAGUACCCCGAGAAAGGCAAAGAAACUCCAUCUCCUACUGCUAAAAGCCAGACAUUGCCAAUGAUCCUUCUUACAGGACCAGCUUCUCCUACCAGUCCUGACAAAAAACCUAAACGGCAUGAAGUAGUGAGUGAUCCAACUCCUUUUGGUUUAAGAGGUUGGGCUAAAACGUCUCAUUCUCUUGAUGCAUCUGAAGAAAAUGAUGGUUGGUCUAGUGCUGAAGAUCCACUGAAUUCAUCAGAUGCAGAGGAAGAAGGAGGAGGAGGAGGGGGAAACGAAAUGAAGCUGACUCCUGGUAAAUACACAGUUGUGACUGAUUAUGAAAGAGGAGUUUCUGAAGAAUUUACAGUGAAAAGUGGAGAUCUAGUUCAACUGAUUCGUGAAGGGGAGGAUGGACUUUGGUAUGUAAAGAACCUGAGCACUGGUAGAGAAGGUUGGAUCCCAGCAAGCAAUCUGCUGAUGCUCAUAGGCAAUUCAAAAUCAGCUCAAUCUUUAAGCAGCUCUGAAUCAGGCACUGCCUCCAGCACUUUGAGCACAUCAUCAAGUUGCAGUGAUAGCUGCAAUGCCAGCAGCACCAGCUUCUCGGACAUUAAGGGUUAAGAUCAAAUUUUCACCCCACCUCCAUGGAAGGUAAACUGGAGUUUGCCAUCUUGUGUGGAGUUCUGGACGUUGGACUCAAAUGAAGGACCACCUGUUCUGUGUUGCUGGCUUUGAGUAUUUUGUCUGGUGAUUUUCAGAGAUUCUCACAAAAGAUCACAAUGAAAAGUGCAUGGAAUGUGAAGCUGUAAAUAAAAACUAAGUGAUUUGAAAUAGGGUAUUGUAGAGGCUUCUGCUCUGAAUUUUGGAGCCGCAGAGGUGCUAGCAUAAAACACAUUUUUCCCAUUGAUAUACAAUCAGGUUUCUGCAGAACUGUACUUUUCAUAACAUAGAGAAUCUGAAAGUGAGCAAACAAAAUGUGUUCAGUGAUAAAUCCUUAUCGUAAACUAAUAACAUAGUAGUCACUGUACAGGAUAGGUAUGCCAAAAAUAAAUCAGAUUUUAAAAUUUCUCUUCCCCCAAAAUACCCUUUCUCCAUGGAUGUACCUCAUUCAGUGCAGUGAAGGGGACUUUUACAGGAAUGAGGAAGUAAGUUUGGUCCAGCCAUUUCUCUUCUCUUGGGUCUUUAGGAUACUCUUCUGUGCCCUAGAGAUUGGGAUGCGGAGAUGACUAAUUCACUGACCACAUCAUCAUCAAAAGAAAAUACUAUUUUAUCCUUUCCAACCUUUUGAUAACACAUGCAAUGAAAUAGCUUUUCUCUGAGACAUUUUGGCCUCACAACCAAACUCUUUACCAAUUUCACUGUGCUUAUGUAGCCUUGGCAAUUUAGUACUAUCUUACUCCUUAUGCGGGUGUACAAUGACACACAAACAUUCUUAUUCACUAGAUGAUUUCUUAUUAAACUAUAAUUGCACAGUUACCUUCAGUUCUAAUCAGCACGCAGUUAUAGGCAAAGGAAACUAUUGUGGCUUCCCUACAGAUCUAGAGCCUUUCUCCAGAAAAGCCUAAGAGGUCAAGAAGCCACACAUUUUUAAUCAAUGGAGUAUGUUGUAAAUUUAUUCAAAGAGACAAAAAUGACAUAAUUUUUUGGUAAGGGGGAGCACAGGGAGGAAAAAAAAUCUUUAUUAGAGUCAGAUUUGUCCUGUGGUCAAAUAUUUUAUUUUUUUUUUAAAGGAAGGAUAAUGCUAAACUUGAUAUUUUUCAAGGCAUGAUGUAAGCCACUGUUAAAAAUUUUUACCUUGUGAGAUGUUCUUUGCACUUCGUCCUUAUAAACAGUACAAAAUUGUAUGCAUGUAUGGAAUAAUGUAUUGAUUCCUUUACAUAUUUAUAAUGUUUUUACUUGUAUGAAAAUAGGCUUUUACCCAAUUUGUAUGUAAUAUUAGUUAAAAAUACCAUGGACAUUAAGAGCAUAAUUUUUCAGAAGCACUAAGCAAAGCAAAUUAUGUCAAUGGGAAUUGCUGUUAAUUAUCCAACCCUCUGAUGGCUGAGCCCUGAAGUCUAUCUUUAUGCCAGAAAUUUAGACUUCAGAGGCUGUAGCUUGGGAAACUUAAAGGAGAAAUACUCGAAAGAAUGAUCUUGGUCCUCAGUUCCAAAAGCAACCUUUCCCCAGACAAAAUCAAAAAGGUAGCUGACUGUGGUCAGUACAAAUUGAAAUGUGUAUAUAUAUAUACACACCCACGCAUUUAUGCAGAUAUAUAUGUGCAUAUGUGUGUGUGUAUAUAUAUGUGUGUGUAGAUAUGUAUAUGUGUAGAUAUAAUGUAUCAAUGUAAAGGAUGUAUUUAUAGUCUUCAUGCUGCUGAAUGUGUCACUUUACAAUUCGUAAAUACUUAGGUUUCUUGCAAUACUGCAAUAUAAAGGUGGGUCAGGGUUUUACUUCAGGCAUCUUUUCCAACACAGAAAUCCUCUGAUCUUUUUUUUAAUUAUCCCACAUAAUGCUGUGCAGACCAGGAAUAUUUAGUCUGGUAUUUAACAAUGAAAUGGCGGCAUGAGAUUCAGCUUAUCUUCAUCUGUAUAAGUUAUUUUGUACAUUCUGUAACAUAAUUUACUUAUAUAUUGCUGUCAUCGCUAGAAUAAGACUGUCCUUUCAUUUCCCACUGCAGCCUCAUUUGUGUUAUUUCAAUGGUUUCCUCCACAUCAUUGCACUUUAAUACAACCCAUUUCACCGUUUCCUUUUUUUUUUUUUUUUUUUACUGCUGUUGUGAUUUAGAGGUUAAAAGUCAGAGGUCUCUAUUGUAAUUAUGAAAAUUUGAAUAAAUUUCAGCACUUCUUGCUGAAU